GCCGCCGGACGGGACUCUAAGAUGAAGUUAUGGGAUGUCGUGGCUGUCUGCCUGGUGCUGCUCCACACCGCGUCCGCCUUCCCGCUGCCCGCCGGUAAGAGGCCUCCCGAGGCGCCCGCCGAAGACCGCUCCCUCGGCCGCCGCCGCGCGCCCUUCGCGCUGAGCAGUGACUCAAAUAUGCCAGAGGAUUAUCUUGAUCAGUUUGAUGAUGUCAUGGAUUUUAUUCAAGCUACCAUUAAAAGACUGAAAAGGUCACCAGAUAAACAAAUGGCAGUGCUUCCUAGAAGAGAGCGGAAUCGGCAGGCUGCAGCUGCCAACCCGGAGAAUUCCAGACGGAAAGGUCACCGAGGCCAGAAGGGCAAAAACCGGGGUUGUGUCUUAACUGCGAUACAUUUAAACGUCACUGACUUGGGUUUGGGCUACGAAACCAAGGAGGAACUGAUUUUUAGGUACUGCAGCGGCUCCUGCGACGCAGCCGAGACAAUGUACGACAAAAUAUUGAAAAACUUAUCCAAAAAUAGAAGGCUGGUGAGUGACAAAGUAGGGCAGGCAUGUUGCAGACCCAUCGCCUUCGAUGACGACCUGUCAUUUUUAGAUGAUAACCUGGUUUACCAUAUUCUAAGAAAGCAUUCCGCUAAAAGGUGUGGAUGUAUCUGA